CGCGACGGAACUCCGUCCGGCACACGAGCUGCGUUCCGAUUUGUCUGGUGGCCGGGACACAGGUGUUGCAGACAAAGUCCAGACAGGGCAGGGAGGGCAGGGAAAGCAGAGAGGGGCAUAGGCAGGAGAGGCAGACGGAGCUGGUGUCGCCGUGGUCGAGGGGCGUCCUUCUGUGCAGCGAUGUGGAGUCUGGACAUGAAGGGGUUAGAGUCUGGUUUGGGUCUGGUGAGCCAACACCAAGACACACACACACACACACCAAAGCAUCCAUGGAAAAGCCUUCUGCGGAAGAUUGGAUGGCAGGCGUGGACGACGACGUGCACGUGUCCAGCCUGUCCAUCCCGGGCACACACAACUCGGGCGCCUGCUUCAGGCUGUCGGCGCCGUCUGUGCGCUGCCAGGGCGCCUCCAUCGAGGAGCAGCUGGCCCACGGCGUGCGGUACCUCGACCUGCGGGUCUCGAAAGACUACAUGUCCCGGGGCGAGCGGGUCGACGACUUGAUCAUCGUCCACGGAAAGCUCCCCGUGCGGCUCUCGGGCACGUACAAGUUCAAGAGCGUUCUGGAGGACGUGCACUGCUUCUUGCGCAAACACCCCACCGAAACCGUGCUCAUAUCGCUUAAGUUCGAGAACACCAUGCUCAACUGGAACGGCGACAGCGACGAGUUCGCCAAGGUGCUCUUCCAGCGCUACAUCGCCCACAGCAGAGACCGCUGGUACCUCUCGGACAAGAUCCCCACCCUCAAGUACUGCCGCGGCAAGGCCGUGCUGCUCCGCCGCUUCCCCGUCCUCGAGAACGGCGUCUACAAGCGUUUCGGCAUUCCCUGCACGUGGAACUCCUCCUCGCCCAUCUACAACGACCCGCACGUCUGCGUGCAGGACUACUUCGAGGUCAAGACCCCGGCGGACCUCGACAAAAAGUCGAAGCUCAUCAAAAGCAUGAUGGCCAAGGCCCAAGACCACCACCACCACCGCCGCCGACAGCACCCCCCGCACCAGCCCGACAGCAUCGGCGGCAGCGACUCCUCCGCCGCAGCAGCCUCGUCCUCUCUUUUCUCCUCCAGCUCGGAGUCAUCAAGCACCCUCUCCUCGUCUCCUCCAUGUCUGACCUCUCCGUCCUGCACUUCUUCGGCAAUGGUGCCAUCGGGCUCCUCCUCUUCCUCCGCCGCAAAAAACGCAAAACGGCGGAAAGACAGCACUGCAAGUGCUGAGCCCUGGGCACCAAAACUAUUCAUCAACUUCUGUUCCGGCGCUAGCGUCUUCAGCAAGCAGUUCUGGCCGUCCAACGUUGAAAAAAUGUUGCGCAAGCACAACCUAGACAAACACUACGGCAAGGGCUGCGGUAUCGUCGUGCUCGACUUCGCCGAAAGGGACGACUGGAAAUUAGUCGACAAGUUGUUUCGCGUAAACUUCACAUAAUAUGUAUCAAUACUACCUGUCUAAUAAUGCACUAAUGAUUAAUCAAAUCCUAC